AUGGUAGGAGGAGAUGAUUUGUCGGUAACUAUGCUCUCGCUUGAAGACGAGGACACGCACAUAGACGAUAAAGAGAAUAGUGUUCGUGAAAGCGUCAUAUCAGGCGGUGCGGCACAUUUUAUGACAGCUAUUGGAGAUAUAGGGGACAAGUCACCGCUGGUGUAUCUUAUGGAUUGGUUACACGCUUGGCAACAGGAGUAUGAGGCUUUUGUGCACAUUUUAGGUGUUCAGGAGGAUUCUACAAAUGAACAGGAAGCUAUAGAAGCUGCAAAAGAUUUGAAAGAAAUGGAGGCUGAGGCUGAGCCACUUAUAGAGGGAUUUAGCAAGGUAGCAACGGCGCUGCUGAAGCGUCUCAACAUUACACACCCAGACAGUUUGGUAGACCGUCAUGGCUGGACACUGCUGAUGCAGUCAGCCAACUCAGGACUGUAUAAGCUGACGAAAGAAUUAAUAGCUCUUAAGGCUGAUGUAAAUAACGGUGGUACUUCCAAGGACGCUGCGAACCCGCUCUAUUUGGCGCUGGCAUCAGACCACAUCGAUGUGGCAUUGCUACUACUUCAAAACGGUGCAAUCAAGUCAGCCACUAAACUAGUCACAGUACCUUCAUUGGACACAGAGCAUUCUAAUGACGUUGAAGACCAUGACUGUGCGUUAUUUCAAGCCUGUCGCUUUGGCCAUCUGGAUGUGAUCAAGGAAAUGCUUGCCCUUGGUGCGGAUUUGACCUCUGCACUUCCCUUAACAGGCGACCGCGCUCUUCAUAUAGCUGUGAUGUUUGAAAUGCAAGACGUAGUGAAGCUUUUGGUUGAAAGUGACAACAUUGAUCUGAACGCUUUGAAUAAGAGCGGCCAAACAUGUAUUUUUGGCUGCUCCAGUGUUGAUAUUGUCAAGUUGCUAGUGGCUACGGGCGUAGAUCCCAAUAUUACGGAUAACGAUGAUGAAACAGCACUUUCGAUUGCACAAGCGCUCGGGGACGAAGACGUGGCAAGAUACUUAAGAACGGUUACUCAGUAA